AGGGAGAAAGGGAAGGAGAACAUAAAAAGAAAAGACCCCUCCUAUUUGCAACGAAACCGAGACCAAUCCCCCCGCUGCAAACCGCCGCACAACUCCGAUGAGCUACCGGUACGAACCUUCCCGCCGCCGUAGCUAAUUCCGUAUUAUUUAUUGAAAUUUUAGUUCAACAUACUUGAUAGGAUUCGAAAUCGGGAAGAUAACAGAUUUUUCUAGUUUUUGGAAUUGGGUUUGUCUGGGCGUGUGUAAAGCGCAGAAGCAAUGUCGGUGACAGCAGGUGUUAGUGAUACUGUGAUUGCAAUUAGGGAUAAGCUGAGAGGUAAAAUUGGACAAACUAAAGUUAAAAGGUAUUGGCCCGGAAAAGCUCCCGAGUGGGGAGAUGAUGCGGAUGAAGAUGGCGAUAUUAGGAUGUCCGCGGCUGCCUCCCUGGAGAAAGCCUUUCCCACUCAGGAUUAUUCGGAUGUUGGAAGGAAAGAUGAUCCUAGGCUGCGUCGUUUGGCUGAGAGCAGGAUAGAUAAUCGCGAGGAUGUUAGGGCUGAUCAUAGGCGUAUCCGGCAAGCUGAAAUUGUUUCAACAAUUGAAGAGGAAGCUAAGAGGCAGGAAGGGAUAGAUGCGGAAGAAGAGGAUCCUGAUGCUUUAGAGGAAAGGAGGAGAAGGAUUAAGGAAAGGUUGCGUCAGAGGGAGCAAGAAGAAGCUCCACUCCUCCCCUCGGAAGAUGAGGAAGAAGAUAAGGAAGAGGAGGAGGAAGAGGAAUCAGAGUAUUCAACUGACUCAGAAGAUGAGCAUGGUGGCAUGAUGAUGCUGAAGCCAGUCUUUGUUCCGAAGGCUGAGAGAGAUACAAUUGCUGAACGUGAGCGAAUUGAGGCAGAAGAGUUGGCCCUCGAGGAAGCAAGGAAGAAAAAAUUGGAGGAGAGGAAGAGAGAGACAAAGCAGAUUGUGGUUGAGGAAAUUCGAAAGGAUGAAGAGAUUCAGAAGGGUAUGGAACAGGACGCUAACAUUGCUGAUAUUGAUACUGAUGAUGAACUUAAUGAGGCAGAGGAGUAUGAAGCUUGGAAGGCAAGAGAGAUUGCCAGGAUCAAGAGGGAUAGAGAGGAGAGGGAAGCUAUGUUGAAGGAAAAGGAAGAGAUAGAAAGAGUAAGAAAUAUGACAGAGGAAGAGAGGAGGGAAUGGGAGAGGAAGAAUCCUAAACCUGCACCUCGACCAAAGCAAAAGUGGAGGUUCAUGCAGAAAUAUUACCACAAAGGUGCUUUCUUCCAGUCAGAUGCAGAUGACCACGCUGCAACUGUUGGAACAGAUGGAAUUUUCACUCGUGAUUUCUCUGCUCCAACUGGAGAAGAUAAGAUGGAUAAAACUAUUUUGCCGAAGGUCAUGCAAGUCAAGCAUUUUGGUCGUAGUGGAAGGACAAAAUGGACCCAUCUUGUCAAUGAGGAUACUACUGACUGGAACAAUCCGUGGACCUACAAUGAUCCUCUUCGGGCAAAGUAUAAUGCUAAAAUGGCUGGAAUGAAUGCACCUAUAGAAAAACCCAGAGGAAGCAAGAAAUUGAAGGAUCAGAAGUAUUAUUGAGGUUAACGACUCUGUCUCAUCUGGGUGGUAGAAGCCAGGUUUUUGACUUAAUGUUUUAUUGGAUGAUAUACAUGCUUCAGGCGGUAAUAGUGCAUGAGUCUUCACAUUGUAGGACUUGCUACUCCGAGCAUAGGGGUGUUAAUCCCGGUCCAUAAUAGUACUUUUGUGUAACUCGAGAUUAGAAUUACAACUGUAGAAUGAUUUCUGAAAAUUUUACCUCCUAUAUCCUAGUUAAUUUUCCUACUU